AUGUCCCAGGUUUUCUUUCCUUCGUGUCUUAUAGUGAGGACUUUCUACUUACACUUACUGACCUCUUUCUUCCACUUCAACCAGGGCUCAGAGACAACAACGGGACUCCUUAAACGCAAAAAACAUACUUCCUUAACAUCAGAUGAUGGAGCCUCCACCAAGCACUCAAGUGCUGACCCAACUGUGGAUUCUGCAAAUGGUCAUGGUUCCGAUCGGACCUUAUCAGGAAUCAGUGCCACGGGAUACCCCUCUGAAGGAGUUGGCAGGGAACGAAAGAAAAGCACCCCCACUACUGCAUCCCCUGGUAGAGAACAGCACCCAAGGGCCCGUGACGAGGCUGGCGUGGCAAAGUCCCAUCACCCAUCUGUGUCCCAAUUCAGACCAGAGUCAGAUCGUCACAGGACUAGACAGCUGCAGCCGCACACCUCAGCACAUCUAAGAAAAGAUGAACGAGAGGCCCACCCUGGUCUAGUUCAACAGGACUUGCCCUCAGCCACCGCGAUCAGAGAUCAGCAUCCUCGUGUGUACCCAGAUCAGCAUGGGGGGGUACACGUUAGCUACGGUCAAAUCUAUCCAAGGCCAGACCUACAUGGAAUAGCACCGCUUGGCACGGAUCAGCUUGCAUCGCUCGAUCAUAGCACUUACCCACACAGUGUGGUACCCCUCAGCAUGGGUCAGCUUGGUAUGAUGCCACCUGGAAUGGAUGAGCAGGGAUCGGUGCUACCUGGCAUGGAUCAGCGUGGUAUGAUGCCACCACUGGUACCUGGCAGAGAUCAGCGAGGCUUGCAGCUACCUAGCACAGAUCAGCCUGGUAUGGUUCCAUUUAGCACAUAUCAGCACGGCAUGACAUUUUCUGGCACAGACCAGCAGCCUGAUGUGGCUCAGCGUGGAUUGGUACCUCUUCACGUGGAUCAGCAUGGAUUUUUAAUAUCCGGCAUGGAUCAGCACGGAUUGGUUCCACAUCUCAUCGCUCAGCAUGGUUUGGGACCAACUGGCACAGACCAGAAUGCUUUAGUCCAGCCUGGUUUGGUCCAACCUGGAAUGGAUCAGUGCGGUUUGGUGCAGCCUGUUGUAGAUGAAAGGGGUUUGGUUCAGCCUGGUGCUUAUCUACCCGAUUGGGUUCAACCUGGUGCAUAUGCCACUGGCUGGGUCCAGCCUGGUGCCUAUCCUCUUGAUUUGGUAUACCCUGAUGUAUAUCCAUCUGGUUUAGUACGGCUUGGUGCAGAUCAGCCUGGUUUGAUGCAACCUGGAUUGGGUCAGCAAGAUUCAGUCCAACCUGGAAUGGAUCAGUACGAUUUGGGGCAGCCUGGAAUGGAUCAACGUGGCUUGGUCCAACUUGGAAUGGAUCAGCGUGGUUUAGUGCAACCUGGCACAGUUCAGCCUGGGUUGGUGCAACCUGGAGCAGCUCAGCCUGGUUUGGUCCAACCAGGAGCAGCUCAGCCUGGUUUGGUCCAACCAGGAGCAGCUCAGCCUGGUUUGGUCCAACCAGGAGCAGCUCAGCCUGGUUUGGUGCAACCAGGAGCAGCUAAGCCUGGUUUGGUCCAACCUGGAGUAGGUCAGCCUGGUUUGGUCCAACCAGGAGCAGCUCAGCCUGGUUUGGUCCAACCAGGAGCAGCUCAGCCUGGUUUGGUCCAACCUGGAGCAGCUCAGCCUGGUUUGGUGCAACCUGGAGCAGGUCAGCCUGGUUUGGUGCAACCUGGAGCAGCUCAGCCUGGUUUGGUCCAACCAGGAGCAGCUCAGCCUGGUUUGGUCCAACCAGGAGCAGCUCAGCCUGGUUUGGUCCAACCUGGAGCAGCUCAGCCUGGUUUGGUACAGCCUGGUGCAGCUCAGCUUGGUUUGGUGCAGCCUGGUGUAGCUCAGCCUGGUUUGGUCCAACCUGGAGCAGGUCAGCGUGGUUUGGUCCGACCUGGAGCAGGUCAGCGUGGUUUGGUCCGACCUGGAGCAGCCCAGCGUGGUCUGGUCCAACCUGGUGCAGCCCAGCCUGGUUUGGUGCAGCCUGGUGCAGCUCAGCCUGUUUUGGUCCAACCUGGAGCAGCUCAGCGUGGUUUGGUGCAACCUGGUGCAGCCCAGCCUGGUCAACCUAGCUUGGUGCAACCUGGAAUGGAUCUGGGUGGUUUGGUCCAACCUGGAAUGGAUCAGCGUGUUUUGGCACAACCUGGUGCAGCACAGCCUGGUCUGGUCCCACCUGGAGCAGGUCAGCCUGGUUUGGUGCAACGUGGAGUGGGGCAGCGUGGUUUGGUAGAGCCUGGCACAGGUCCACGUGGCGUUUUUCAACCUGGUGCCUAUCCACCUGGUUUGCUACAGCCAGGUGCAUAUCUUCCCAGUUCAGUAGAGCCUGGUGCCUAUCCACAAGCAUUCCACCCGGAGUCUCUAAGAUUUAUAUCACCACAUCCAUAUCAGCAUGGUGUAAUGCCUCCUAGCAGAGGUCAGCAUGGCCGGGUGUCACCGCUCCUCUCCGGCCAAGGCUUGGCACCACCAGGUACUGACCAAGAGGGUUUAUCAGAAACUUACCAGCCAGGCGUGAUACAUCCGGGCACAGACCAGGGCGGCCAAAUAAAACCAGGUGCAGACCAGCACGACCAGUCAUACUCUAUCCCAGAAUCCCGUGACCUCACGUAUCCUGGCCCUCGGGGCCCAGGCUUUCCUGGGGCAGAUCAGCUCCAGGUCAGUGUGGAUCCACAACAAACAUAUACCUCAGACCGAGCUGGAAUUUCUGUCCGGACUACCCCAAGCCAAGAAGCCACCUUUGCCAAGAGUACAGUCUUUCUCAACGAUCUCCACCGAGCCUCAUCGGAAAGGGUCGAUAUCCAGAGCGAAAGACAUGAUUCCCUGGAUAAAUUGUCUCCCAGCUUCCCUAUAGCAGUGGAAACAUUUCGUCUGAUGGGAGAGCUCAUUGGCCUUUAUGUAGAGCUCAAGGAGAACAUGAAGGAGCUGGAUGAGGAGAAGGCUGGCCAGACCGACUUAGAGAAGUUACAGUACUUGCUUUCACUCAUGGUCAAAAAGACUAUACCACCUGACCUGCAGGAACAGCUGAAGACCUUAAAGGCCUUGACCAAAGAAGUGCGGCAGGAGAGAGCCAAACUGGACAAGAUACAGAGGCUCCUGGAGGGCGAAAGGGAACAGGAAAUCGGAAAAGAAAUGAAAGACGACCAGCUGAGCACGCAGCUGGGAAUCCUCAGAGUCACCGUGGCCGACAUUGAGAAGGAGUUGGCCGAGCUCAGGGAGAGCCAAGAGCGGGGCAAGGUCAGCAUGGAACAUUCAGUCUCCGAAGCCUCUCUCUACCUGCAGGACCAGCUGGACAAGCUCAGGACGAUCAUCGAGAGCAUGCUGGCCUCAUCCUCCACGCUGCUGUCCAUGAGCAUGACUCCUCGCAAGAUCCUAACAGCCUCGGCACCUAGCCAGAUCGACCCUGAGACCACCUGCCCGGCCUGCAGCCUGGACCUGGGCCAUCAGGUCAGCAUGCUGGUGCAGCGUUACGAGCAGCUCCAGGACACGGUCACCAAUCUGGCUGCCACCCGGCCCUCCAAGAAAGCCAAGCUGCAGAGCCAGGACGAAGAGCUGCUGGGCCACAUCCAGAGAGCCAUCCUGCAGGUACAGGGCGACUGCGAGAAACUCAACAUCACCACCGGCAGCCUCAUCGAGGACCAUCGGCAGAAGCAGAAGGACAUUGAUGUGAGGCAGCUCUUGGCACAUUUCCACUGCCUCUCGUGCGACCGUCCCUUGGAGACACCUGUGACCGGACAAAUUAUCCCUGUGAUUCCCAUGGGCCCAGGCCUGCCCGGGCACCGUUCCAUCCGCCCCUACACGGUCUUUGAACUGGAGCAGAUCCGGCAGCAGAGCCGCAAGUACGGACGGGGCAGCGGGGUCCCCUUUGCAGGGGAGGCAGGGGCCGAGGCUGGAGGGGUGCCAGAUAUGGCCGACUACACCUACUCGAGCGCACCUCGGCGCUGCGGGGGCAGCCACACCCUCACCUACCCCUACCGCCGCAACCGCCUGCAGCACCUGUCACAGGGCCUGUACCCCACCGAGGAGAUCCAGAUCGCCAUGAAGCAUGAUGAGGUGGAUAUCUUGGGCCUGGAUGGACAUAUUUACAAGGGACGGAUAGAUACAAGGCUGCCGGGAAUCCCGAGCAAAGACACUUCGGGGAUGACAAAGCACAAGGCCAAGCAGCCCCGGCCGCACACGCACCGGCAGCAGUCCCUCAGCGUCAGCAGCCAGCUGCCCUCCCGGCCACAAAGUGCUCAGAUGCUGGCUGGCAACAAUUCAGACCUGUUUCCUCAUCUGUCCAUAAAGGGGCGCUGCUGGAUUGGUGCCCUUAGUGUCACGGCCCCCAAGAACGGGGAUCUGAAUGUGAGGGCUCCUCACCAGCUGGGCCACCGUGAGGAGCUUUACAUGUAG